AUGAGCAACAUCACACUUGCUGUAGAAGCUGACCAGGAUGUAGGAGAGAUGCUGAGGAACUUGUGGGAAGAGGCUGAUGAAAAACCAAAGAAUGAUGUGAUUGUAUUGAGUGACUGGCCUAAGACUCUAUACCAGGAGCCUCACCAUCCCCAGAGCAAGCCUUUCAUCUCUUUCUAUGCCAUUGAUGUCAACUAUUUUGUGUCCUUAAACUGGGUGGAACCACAUUCAAAACAAAUACAGGCAGUACUUUGGGUACAGAAGAAAGAUACAGAAAUGGGAGGAAUGAUAGAGAAGAUGAAGUUUCCUGUGAUGGAUCAAGUGCCACCCAUUGAAGCAAUGGUCCACACAGGUUCCUACCACAUGUUAAUUGCUUACUGUGGUGACAUGCGCCUGCGGCUCUUCGGAGAUCACCAUCAAGCAUUCAUAUCUCUGGGCACAGUGCCCUGUCGUUUCUCCAUCAGCUGCCUCUGCUAUGACUCAGAAGCUGAGAUACUGCUCUCUGGUACCCUGGGGGCUGUGGUUACCUGGCUUAUCUUACCAAACGGCAGGGGCCUCCAGGUGGCACAAACAGUGCUCAUGUCUGAUCAUGAGUUUGUACAGGGCUUUUCCCUGAAUGGCCCCCAGGGCUCCCUCCUGGCUCUUUGUGAGAAUAAGGUGAGGGUCUUCACCCACCAGGGUCAGGGCCAGCUGAAAGAGGUAAAAAAGUUCACUCCCACAGCCAAUGGCUCUUCUAUCACCUGCUCCUUCACUUGUGUCUCUCAGGGCUAUUUCUAUGCUGGAAACAAGGAUGGAGAGAUCCAUGCUUGGGGUCUAGACCAGGGUAACUUCCUCCACAGCUUCCAAGCCCAUUCUUCAUCAGUGAUAUGUGUUUACAGCCGGCCAGAGACCUACACCUUACUAACAGCAGGCCGAGAAGGCAUUAUAAGGGAAUGGAAUCUUGCCUUUGGGAACUUGCUGCGGCAGCUGGAUAUUGAUGAGGAUUUGCAGCAACUGCAGUUUAUUGAUAACACCACUUUUUUCUGCCAGACUACCCACACUUUCUCAUUGCACCACCUACCAUAUUUUUAUAGCCUCUUCAAUGUCUGUGGUUCUGCUCCUGAGCAGGUGCAGCGGGUCUGCUGUGGCCGUAAUUGGACUCGGAUCCUGUGUGCUACUAAGGAUGGUUUAUUGCGCUUCUUGUCUCCAGUAACAGGAGAUCUCCUGGUUAUCACCUGGCCUCUACUUGUCAUGGAUAAGGCCGUAGCUUGGGCCUAUGACUCAGACAAAGAAGAGCUCUUUGUGGCAACAGGCAGUUCAGAGGUGCUGGUGUUUGAUGCAACGCGCUCUCCUUGCAUGGCCAAGUAUCUGGUAUGCACUUCAGUAAACUCUGGGGAUAAAGUAAGGUGCCUGGCCUAUGGGCAGUCCCAUUUGGGUAUGGGCCUAGUAGGAUUGAUGUUCUGUGGGCAUGACAGUGGCAUUGUGAGAAUCCUCUCCCACUAUAGCUGUGCUCGAAUAGAAAAGACUGUUCACUCUGGGGCAGUUUUGGCACUGUCUACCCUAGAAGGUCCUCAGGAAAUCUCCUUACUCUGUUCCUAUGGCAUGGAUAAUACUAUACACCUGACAGAAGCUGUGCUUCAGAAAAACAAGGUAAUCCUGCAGCCCAUAAGCAAAAUUCUCUGUGCUUGCCCCCUAACACACGUGAUCCUCUUGCCAGGUUCUGUGGGUGCCAUCACUGAGAACCACUGCUGGCGUCUCUGGCACUACCAAGAUUUUCUGAAAUCUUCAGAAUCAAAACAAAGGUCUGUUAGAGACAAAGAGACAAAAUGCCUGCACCAGUGUGACAUCACUUCAUUUGAUGUCUGCUCUUCCCUGAAACUUUUUGUCACAGGGGGCACUGAUGGCUCAGUCCGGAUCUGGGAUUUCCAUGGUAGACUCAUAACUGAGUUGGAUUCAGCAUUGCAUUUUGGCCCACUCUGCUUUGCCAAUAAUCGGGGUGACCUGCUUUUGACUUUCAACCAGAGUCUUUACCUGGUAUCCUGCUUAAAAUUGCUCCCUCCUGCUCAGCUGAUUCACCUAGCUAUCCUAAGCAGUGCAGACGAUAUACAAGAAGUCCCUAAACCCUUCCUGCCUAGCUUCUUCUUUUCUUUUGAAAGAGUAUUUGUACCCAAAUUUGUCUACCUUGGACAAGGGCUGCAGGAAUUACAGGGACUAGAGGCCCUUGUUAACAAACGGGUCAUUGCCUUUGACAAUACUGUGCCGCAUGUUGUAGAGGAAGAGAGACAUAUGUCCACUCUGAUUCAUGUGGAACCCAAAUCACACUUUUGGGAGGAUAAGAAUAUUGCUUUUGACCCCAAGCAUAAUCAUCCCCGACACUUGGUUCCUGCUCAGUUACAGCUUGCUGGCUGGGAUGGAUUGAACCCCUACCAUAUAUUAUGUUGCUUCUUUGGUAAAGGGCGGCAAUGGCCCUUUGCUCCUGAUGGCUACAUCCCCAACUCAGUUAUCCGUGCCCGCCUUUGGCCUGAUGGCACCCCAAUCUUCUUACGCUUUGAUCUGUACCAAGAUAAAGACUGGGACAUGACCAAACUCAUCAGAUACCAGACACUGUCACCUAUGCCUGUACUAGAAGAGAACAUCUCAAUGAGAAGAGAGAGGGAUAAAUCCAAGAAGUGGAAACGAACUUUCUAUGAUGUUCUAGUAAGCAUAAUGAACCGAAAUUGGACAGGAAGAAAAUUUGAUGAAGGAAUUAUAAAUAAUUUAAUCGAGGCCAUCCUCAACCUCACAAUUUACUGUUCUAUAGAUCAAUACAAGACAUAUAUUAGUGUCCUGGCACAAAUUUUUGCCACUUACCAGGUAUCUCCAAGAUUGUGCUCUGAGGCUGCCUGUCGCCUAAUGGAAGAUACAGUUCAUCCCAAUCCAUGCAUCCGUGAGCUAGCCUGGGAGGGGUUGGAGAGGCUAGGUGUCCUGAGCCAUCUCUUUGCUGUGCCACUGGCUAUGGGAUUGAUGGACAGUGAUGAAAAUGUGAGGGCUAAGGCCUUAUACCUUAUGAUAAGAGUCACAGGCAUCCAAACUAAGACUAUGCUGGUAGGCCUGCUGAAGAAACGAGACACGUUCCAAGAAAUGCAGCGGGAAUUUAUUGGAGAAACCUCUCUGGACCAGCUGCUGGGGAUCCAAGCUAAAGAUAUCCAGUGCCUGCUUACUCAGGUGGAGCAGCAGCUAAAUGAAAACCUGACUUUGUCAUAUAGAGACCAACAGCCUACUUUUUUUUUAGACAUAUCAAUGGCUGGUAAACCUGAGACCCUUGUCAAACAAAUAGUCAUACCUGAAGAGAUCACCAAACCAAAGAAAAGAAAGACAUAUGUUCAAGCAAAAAGAAGAGAGCUUAUUAAAAAGGACCUGAGAGUUUCCAGAAAGCUAAGACAGACAGAGUUUAUAAAAUUUAGCUCUAUGUUCGUGCCUUCAAAGGAUGAAGAUGAACAAAGAGAGGCCAGGCAAUCAGAGCAGAUUGACACCAGGGAUGUUACCUUAGAGCCUAAACUGCGAUUAAGUACUUUCAGCCCAGCCAAAUCUCAAGAGGAUGCUGAGUCAGAGGAGGUUGUGAUGGAAGCCACAGAAGGAAGAGGCCACAUGGAGGUGACAGAGGUUAUGAAGGCCAUAGAUCAACGUGGCAUGGAAGAUUAUGGAGAGGUGUUCCCUCAGGUGGAAAGACACGAAGGAGAAGGAGGAGGCCACAUGGAGGUCACAGAGGUUAUGAAGGCCAUAGGUCAACGUGGCAUGAAAGAUUAUGGAGAGGUGUUCCCUCAGGUGGAAAGACACGAAGGAGAAGGAGGAAGCCACACGGAGGUCAUAGAGGUUAUGAAGGCCAUAGAUCAACGUGGCAUGAAAGAUUAUGGAGAGGUGUUCCCUCAGGUGGAAAGACAAGAACUUAUGAGUAGGCUUUGGAAAAGGGCACUGGAAAAAAGCUGUGAAAAAGUAGCUGCGAAGUUGAAACAGGAAAAAGACUUGAAGGAUAUUUCAAAGACAACUGCAGAAGAGCCCAAGAAAAAAGUCAUGCAGAUUACUGAGCAAGAAAAAUAUACAAGGAAGAAACAUGGAAAGAGUGACCGAGGUUUGGCUGAGAAACAAGCUAAGAAAGAGGAGAAAUGGGUUGGGAAAGAUAAGAAAUCCAUUGAUGAAAAAGAACAGAUCCAUGAAAAAGAGCAACUAGCCCUAAAAGAGCAGAAACAGGCCCAGGAAGAGAGAAUAUGGCGUCAGAAAGAGGAAAAAGAGAGCAAUCAAAGAAAACAAUGGGCCUGGGAAAAAGAGAAGUUGUCUGUAGAAGAGGAGGAACAUGCUGGUGAAAUGCAGAAAACGUUGCAGGAGAAAGCACUGACGAAAAGACUGACCCAGAAAGACAGUAAACUGGCCAAGGAAGAGAGGUGUAUUGAUAAGAAAGAAAAGGAGAGCUUGACUGAGGAGGAGGAGGAGAGCCUGAGUGAGGGGGAGGAGGAGAGGGUAAAUGAGGAGGAAGAGGAGAGCCUGAGUGAGGAGAAGGAGGAGAGCCUGAGUGAGGAGGAGGAGAGCCUGAGAGAGGAGGAGGAGAAGAGCCUGAGUGAGGAGGAGGAGAGCCUAAAUGAGGAGGAGGAGAAGAGCCUGAGUGAGGAGGAAGAGGAGGAAAUGGAGAAGAUAGAGAAAAGAGAGGAGGAGGAGGAGGAAAAGGAGGAAAGGCAGAAGGACGAGGAGAGCAGACUUAUGGAGGUGAUACGCUCAGAAGAGAGAGAAUUGAAAACAGAGCUCUCCAAGGAAGAAGUGAGCUUAUCAAAGCUAGCAAUAGAAGAUGAGGCUCUUGCUGAGAAAAGGGAAGGUACAAUUAGAAGGGAAAUUCCUUUUAAGAAAGAAAGAUUGCUUGAUGGAAAGAGAGAUCCCACACGUACGGAUAAGGUCAUGUGGCCAACAGUUCUGAAGAGCCCUUUCAAAAUACCACUCCCAGUAGCCUUGGAAAAAGAGAGAAUGCCCCUGGAAGUGUUGAGAGUUCAUCUGGAUUUGGAAGGACAGGAAAAUCAACUUCUUGGAGCACACCCUAGGACAAGUUCUUGGGGAAGACAAGAGGAUAUGCUCUUGGAGAAAGCGAGGGGUUUGAGAAUAGGCUUAGAGACCCAGAUUCCAGAAGGCCUCCACAGGCCAGAGUCCCACUUAUCAGAUAUUAUCAUGAAAUCACAGAAACCUGAACAUUGGCCCAAAGGUGACAGGUGGAAGUGGUUCUUUAAGUACCAUGAUUCUCCAGUGAGAAAAACUGAAGGCCAGGUCCCAGGGCCAGCCCCAGCCCCAGCCCCAUCCCUUACUCCUAUACCAGCUGAAAGGCCAUGCUACUCAGAAGCAAGCUUCUCAGAUGAGGACUGGAUUAACAAUGCCUUAAUAAGACUGGAAGCAGGAGAGCAGCUUUCCAGGGACAGUUUCCAUAGACUGCACCAGCUCCUCAGAGACUUCACUUCAAAGGGAUACAUGAAAUGGAUGCAUCUGUGCAAUCUUAAAGCCAUUGCUAAACACCUAAGGCAGAACCUCGAGGUAAGUCACACAGACAUAUCACAACAACAUAAGAAUGCUUUGAGUCCAGUGCACUUAAAAGUGAUCCCUCCAAUUAAAAGAAAAGAAAAAGAGAGCCGGCUAGAGCCACUGUCCAUACCUUCACCGGUGUUACCAUCAACCACCAAGAGGAUUCGAGUCCCAAAGGCUAUAAAUUGGCAUCUUUUAGGAGAACCUUACAGGAGUGCACGGGUAAGGCAACUAUCCAAUGCUCUCAAAGAGAUGGAAAUGAAACAUUUCUAUCCUGCUGCAAGAGAGAUUUUCACAGGUGCCCAUGCCUCUGUGGACAAACAAACUCUAGCACUGAUGUUUCAGAAGGAUCUGAGGGCUUUUAAGGGAAAAGACAGGCCCCUCACAUUGCCCAAGUUGAAGAAGACACAGCCCAUCUCUAAAAAAAAGGAAGAGGUGCCUCAAUGGGAGACAUUUGUGGCACUGUACCAUGUUUUGCAGAUGAUGCAGCAACAAUAUGCAAAAGACAGCACUGCUUGGAUGGAACAGUUUUACCAACUCAUGGAUCUGUACAAAUUUAAGUCCCCUCAAAUCCAGAGGCUUCUACUAGAGUUGCUGCAGAAAGAGGAACUCCAACCCCAAGAGAUCAUGUACAAAAAGGCCCUGAAAACUCAGGAGCUGGUACUUGGUGAACGGUUGUUCUGUGGCUUGUUUUGGGGUCAUUCCCAUGCCCCUGCAAGUCCUCUCAAGUUCCAUAACAUUGUACCUUUGCCUGGAAAGAGCAGGGUGCAUACUAUCCAACCUGUGGGUAUCGCCCAGUAUGGAUUCCUAGAACUUGCCUGGAAAAACCUACCACAAGUCAAUUCUUACUUUAUUGACAAGCCGCCCAACAUCCCUACUCCUACUCUAUGA